AUGGGUCUGUGGGUUGAGGCUGAAAACGAGAGGCCGAUAAUUGAUUUUUGUGGAUCAUGGUGGUUGCCUAACGUCGAUGUAUUGGCCAAAUAUAUCUCGAGUCGGUGUGAUUUCGUCGAUGAAGAAGUUGAGGUGGACGAUCAUUAUCGAGAUGAUAAAAGCUUGCUGGGUAUGGCACCCACAACUUCCUUUUCGUAG